UUUUUUACAAGUAAAAUAUCAUAAGGUAAUACAGUGUUAUAAAUUAAUAUAUAUUAUGAGAUGUGGUGUUUAUAUUGAUCAGGCACAUCAGCAGUCGUCUCAAUAACAGCACGCGCUUCCAGAUAGAGACUCAUGGACCAGCUACUAUGAGGUUAUUCAGCAGUUCCCGGACUCUCCUCCCUCUCCUCAAGAACAUUGUCCGUCACUGUCCCGCUGACUGUCAAUGGACCAGAGCCCUCGCCCCGUCCUGCAAACUCCACUCCUGCAGGGUCCUGUCGACGGACGCCUCCGCUCCUCAGACACGCGUUACUGAAAACUCAGUGGAAGUUUUCAGCCAUGUCUACCCACGAGAUGACAUGACCAAUGUGACGGCUAAAAUCUUGUCUAAAGUUGGCUGUCAGCUCCACAACCGGCCGCACCACCCCUUGUGGCUUAUUAAGGAACGCAUCAAAGACCAUUUCUACCGCUCUUACAUCGGUCGCACCGGAAACCCACUCUUCUCUGUACAUGACAAUCUCAGGCCAGUGGUGACAGUGGAGCAGAACUUCGAUAGCCUGCUCAUUCCUCCAGAUCACCCCAGUCGGAAAAAAGGAGACAACUACUACCUGAACCGCACACACAUGUUGCGGGCUCACACCUCGGCCCACCAGAAGGAGCUGGUGCGUUCGGGACUGGACUGCUUUCUGAUGGCUGGAGAUGUUUAUAGACGAGAUGAGAUCGACUCCAGACACUAUCCUGUCUUCCACCAGAUGGAGGGAGUGCGGCUUUUCUCCAACCAUGAGCUGUUUGCUCGAGUGGAGAAUGGUGAAGACCUGUGUUUGUUCGAGAGCGCUGGCCGCCGCACGCCUCAGAAACAGCAAACACACACGCUGGAGGCCGUCAAACUUGUGGAGUUCGAUCUGAAACAGGCACUCACGCGCCUCAUGCGACACCUUUUUGGGGAAGAUUUGGAGAUCCGCUGGGUGGACUGCUACUUUCCUUUCACACACCCCUCCUUCGAGAUGGAGGUGCGCUUCCAGGGCGACUGGCUGGAGGUGCUGGGAUGUGGAGUGAUGGAGCAGGAACUGGUCCGCUCAGCUGGAGCUGGGAAUAAGAUGGGUUGGGCUUUUGGACUCGGGCUGGAGAGGUUGGCCAUGGUUCUGUUCGGCAUCCCAGAUAUCCGACUUUUCUGGAGCGACGAUGAACGUUUCCUGAAGCAGUUCCGCCUGUCUGACAUCUAUCAGCCUGUCACCUUCCAGCCUCUCAGUAAGUACCCUCCGCUCUUCAAUGACAUCUCUUUUUGGCUGCCGGCCGAAGGUUACACAGAAAACGACUUCUACGACCUGGUACGCAGCAUCGGAGGAGACCUGGUGGAGAAGGUCACGCUGGUGGACGAGUUCACGCAUCCAAAGACGAAGCGAAUGAGCCACUGUUACCGCGUGGAGUAUCGCCACAUGGAGAGGACCCUGUCCCAGGAAGAAGUGCGCAUUAUCCACACACACAUUGAGCGGGCAGCCGAGAAAGAGCUCGGAGUGCAGGGCAGAUUCUGA